CAGAGCGCAUCACAAUCACAGUGCCGCAUCUCUGUCCUCAAAGCAUCCGAAAUCAUGUAGACUCCCAAGAAGGACUGACUGAUUGUCCCUUACCGGAUCGUUAGAAUCGCUGCUCAGUCCCAGAGGAGUCGGGAUGGCCGGGGGUCGCAGAGGACUCGUGGCCCCUCAAAAUACUUUUCUAGAGAAUAUCGUCCGAAGGUCCAACGUUUGGACAUUAUCCCAUAGACAGACAGACACCAAUUUUGUUUUGGGGAAUGCCCAGAUUGUGGAUUGGCCCAUUGUCUACAGUAAUGAUGGAUUCUGUAAGCUCUCAGGCUACCAUCGAGCUGAAGUCAUGCAGAAGAGCAGCACUUGCAGCUUCAUGUAUGGGGAACUUACUGACAAGGAGACGAGUGAGAAAGUGCGCCAGACCUUCGAGAACUAUGAAAUGAACUCCUUUGAAAUUCUCAUGUACAAGAAGAACCGAAUGCCCGUGUGGUUUUUCGUGAAGAUCGCCCCCAUCCGCAAUGAGCAGGAUAAAGUUGUGCUUUUUCUAUGCACGUUUAAUGACAUCACUGCGUUUAAGCAGCCCAUCGAAGAUGAUUCAUCUAAAGGAUGGGCUAAGUUCGCCCGUCUCACUCGUGCUUUGACGAGCAGCCGAGGCGUCCUUCAGCAGCUGGCUCCUACCGUUCAUAAGGGAGAGAACGUCCACAAGCACUCUCGUCUGGCUGAGGUAUUGCAGUUGGGAUCAGACAUCCUUCCUCAAUACAAACAAGAAACACCCAAAACACCACCCCACAUCAUUCUCCAUUAUUGCACCUUCAAGACCACCUGGGACUGGGUGAUCCUCAUCCUGACCUUUUACACAGCCAUCAUGGUUCCCUACAACGUCUCCUUCAAGACCAAGCAGAACAACGUCACCUGGCUGGUGGUGGACAGCAUCGUGGACGUCAUCUUCCUGGUAGACAUUGUGCUGAAUUUCCACACGACGUUUGUAGGGCCAGCAGGGGAGGUGAUAUCAGACCCCAAACUUAUCCGCAUGAACUAUGUGAAGACCUGGUUUGUCAUCGACCUGCUUUCCUGUCUGCCCUAUGAUGUCAUCAACGCUUUCGAGAAUGUAGAUGAGGGCAUUAGUAGUCUCUUCAGCUCUCUGAAGGUGGUGCGACUUCUGCGUUUGGGCCGCGUGGCACGCAAGCUGGACCACUACAUUGAGUAUGGAGCAGCUGUUCUGGUGCUCCUGGUGUGUGUGUUUGGCCUGGCUGCCCAUUGGCUGGCCUGCAUCUGGUACAGCAUUGGUGACUAUGAAGUCAUCGACGAGGAGGCCAAUGUGGUGCGCACCGACAGCUGGCUGUAUCUGCUAGGCGAGUCGGUGGGCACGCCAUACCGCUUCAACACCAGCGGUUCAGGCAAGUGGGAGGGUGGUCCCAGUAAGGACUCGGUCUACAUCACCUCACUGUACUUCACCAUGACCAGUCUGACCAGCAUUGGGUUCGGCAACAUCGCCCCCACUACGGACGGGGAGAAGAUUUUCGCUGUGGCCAUGAUGAUGAUUGGAUCUCUUCUGUAUGCCACCAUCUUUGGAAACGUGACCACUAUCUUCCAGCAGAUGUAUGCUAACACUAACCGCUACCAUGAGAUGCUGAACAGUGUGAGAGAUUUUCUGAAGCUCUACCAGGUCCCUAAGGGGCUUAGUGAGAGAGUCAUGGACUACAUUGUCUCCACUUGGUCCAUGUCCAGAGGAAUCGACACUGACAAGGUAUUGCAGAUCUGCCCGAAGGAUAUGCGAGCGGAUAUUUGUGUCCAUCUCAACAGGAAGGUGUUCAAAGAGCAUCCUGCGUUCCGCUUGGCUAGCGACGGGUGUUUGAGAGCGCUUGCCAUGGAGUUUCAGACCAUCCACAGUGCUCCAGGGGACCUCAUCUACCAUGCAGGUGAAAGCGUGGACAGUCUCUGCUUUGUGGUGUCAGGAUCCCUGGAGGUCAUUCAAGAUGAUGAGGUGGUAGCCAUACUGGGAAAGGGUGAUGUAUUUGGAGAUGUUUUCUGGAAGGAACUGAAUUUAGCGCAGGCCUGUGCCAAUGUCCGUGCGCUAACCUACUGUGAUCUUCAUAUCAUCAAACGUGAUGCCUUACAGAAAGUGCUGGAGUUCUACACAGCGUUCUCGAAUCACUUUUCACGAAACCUGGUGCUCACCUACAAUUUAAGGAAGAGGAUAGUCUUCCGCAAGAUCAGUGAUGUGAAGCGUGAAGAGGAGGAGAUGCGAAAAAGGAAGGAUGAAGCCCCUCUCAACCUUCCUCCUGAUCAUCCUGUUCGGCGUCUUUUCCAGCGUUUUCGUCAGCAAAAGGAGGCUCGGCUGGCAGCAGAACGAGCUGAUCAGGGAGAAGUGGACAUAGAGAAGGGCUCUGUCCUCACGGAGAAGGAUGUGGUCCAUGAAACCAACGUUACAACCAGUAUCGUUACAGUCACAGAGAGCCCUGCCACUGCUGAUGUCGCUUCCUCUUCGGCUUUACCAGACUCUGCGUCAAGGACCUCAAACGAAGCCAAACUUCAUGUUCCUGUUGGCCAUGGAGGCAACCAAACAGGAAGCAAAUCCUCUGAACCUACCAAAGCCAAAGGUUGGGGUAGGUUUAAGGAAGCCACAACGAAGGCAGAUCUCUCCUGGAGUGCUGUUUCCAAAACUGAGUCCAUGGAGACCCUUCCAGACAGGACUAAAUUGCAUGAAGAUCUUUCACUUAAGAAGACAGACUCAUGUGACAGCGGUAUCACAAAAAGCGAUCUGCGACUGGACAACGUAGGUGAAGGGAGCAUCCGAACCCCUCAGGAACGGAGCCCCAUGCAAGCUGAGGGGAAGCGAGCUUUCUACCCAAUUCCAGAACACAACCUGCAGGCUUCUUUGCUGGAGCUAAAGCAAGAGCUGAGAGGUGACAUCCAUUACUUGAGCAACCGCAUGGCAGUCCUGGAAGCACAACUAGCUGAGGUGUUGCAUCUGCUCAAAGAAAGAAAGCAUUCAGGGUGCUCACAACUGUAUGAAAUAUCACGACCUGGAACUCCAGAUUCAGACAAGGAUAAUGAUAUGUUCGCUUAAACAGAACAGACAUUCAGUGAAUGAGAUGUGACGGUGACACUGUAACUGUUUUUAUUUUAUUUUAUUUUAUUUUAGAUAUGAUUCAUGGGAUGUUUGCUGAAAUUUCAGGAAAAGUUCUAUUUGAACAUUCAAAUCUAUACAAGUGUUCUUCUAAGGGUAUAUGUGGAAGGUCAUGUUAGCUGCAGUAUUUCCUGAGACGUGGCCUUCAUUUUUUUGGAAUUAGCAGUAUGUUUGUAGAAGGUUCUAUACAAUGUAAAACAACUGUUAACUUUUGGUUAAAAUGUUAAAUCAUAUUUUUUUAGCUUAAGACACUUUUUUUUUUUUUUUUACUUAUUAUAGAAACAAUGCAAUAUAUCAUUUAAUUCCAGCAUAUUUGAUUUACUUAGUGUAUUUCAAUGUCAGUUAAACGUGCUCGGUUAUGAAGGCAAUAUAAUAAGUAAUAAAAAUAUUUUUCACAUAUAUUGCAAUCAGCAGGUACACAUUUUAGCAAGGAAAAAAAAUCACUGUUACAAAAAUUGAAUGUCAAUCAGUAUGAAAUGGUUAAUGCACGUCAGAUUUUUUCUAGUAGUUUAUAAAAUAAAAAGACAAACCACAAUUUCAGGGUGUGUAAUGGAAUAUAAGAGGUGGUAUUGUCUUGUGACAUGUAAAAACUUUAAAACCAAGACACUGUUAUCCUGUAGUGUGAAUUAUAUAUAUUUUUUAUAUUUUUGUUUGUAUGAAAACAUUCUGUAUAGACAAAAAGAGCAACAUAAUUUGGUCAAAUAUUCAAAAGUUAAAAGAAAAACAAAAUGAGCAAUUUUUACAACACACACUGAAUGGGCCCAUGAAAUAUACAGUACUUGAAUGCAUUUUAAUCAUCUUGAAAAAAUAAAAUAUCUGAGAUGCACUAUAAAUUAAAUAAGUUAAAUUUAAUUAAUUAACUGAAAUAAAUAAGGCGUAUAAGCAAUAUAGUGAUUAUAUACAGUAUUUGAUGAGCAUGCUCUGGUGGUAACUGAAACGAAACUAUGCAUGGAUCACGUUAAGGUUAGUCACAAUUAACACGCAUGUGAUUUGUAAUAAUGCACUAACACAAUCAACAUGAUUUCCAUCAUCCCACCAUUCUAAACUCUCAACAUGCUUUCUCUGCUUUUAUACAGUAUAUCAUUUUUUUGUUUGUUUUUACAUUUUUUAAAUGCAUAUUUUUUCUUUUAUCAAAUUCAAAGUCAUAUUUGUAUAUUGAUUGCUAGUUCCAAAAAAAAGUGCUUUCAAAAAAUGCUAAUUUUGCACCUAAAGUCUAUGUAGAGCAGAUUUAUAUAGUUAAUACAAAAAAUAAUAUAUGUUUGCACACAUAAAGAUCAAGAGUGUUUGUCAGUUUCUUGAUUUUUCUAUUGCUUUUGAUCUGAGAUAUAUUUAUAGAUACUAUUUGAAUUUAAAACGUUUUAAAUGUUUCAUUAGCAACUAUAGGUGACAUUACACAUAACCCACCGUAUAGUGUUUUCUUGUAUGACAUACCAGCCCUGUGUUCCAAUACAGUGUUUAAUAUCCCCUUAGUACACAAAGCACAGUGCAGCAGUUUCCAAUAGAAAUGCAUUCACAAACAAGAAGCAAAGCUUAAAGUGAUUAAAAUAAAUGUUGGUACUUAGAAAAAGCCCAUUAAAUCAGUUAAAACCACAUGGAAAGGCAGUUUAAUAUUGUUUUUUAUUAGCUUUUUAUUGACCUGCAGAAAAUGUACAACACUGAACAGUAAAACCGGCAGGGGAUUGCUUUUUAAGAAUUAAACAUAAAAUUUGUGCAUGAUUACAUUCUCUGCCAAGUUUGGCAAUAUUAUUAUCUGUCAAUUUUGAAUAGAAAACUUUCCAGGCACACAAAAAUAGUAUUUUUGAUGACUUUAACUCUCUCUCUCUCUCUCACACACACACACACACACACACACACACAUACGCGAUCAAAUUGUAUUCCCUCUGGCACAUACUCAGCAUCUCUCAGUUGAAGAAGAAAAGCAUGAAGAUGGUUUAUUCUGAUUGGGUGGUUAACUCUGGCAUUGAUCUUGUUUCAUUGCCAUUCAGAGUCAGCCAUCAGUGGCCUUCUUCCAGUUUCUCAUUGGUCUGGUUUUGUAGCGCAUUGUCUGACUGUGUGAGCUCUUCCAAGAUCUUGAUGCAAUGAGAGAAAGUUUGAGCAAAGAUAAUUUGUAUGUGUUUAAAAAUGAUUUUAUUUUGUUCAAUAAAAUGCCACUAAUAUGAUGCCAUAGGGUUUGAGUUGUUGAGCAAAAGUACUACCCUUGUGGGGCUGUAGGACAAGAGCUUGCACUACAAUGUCAGAUGCCUAUUUAUUACUGUACAGUGGAACCUUGGAUUGCAAGUAACUUGGUCUGCAACCAUUUUGCAAGACUUAAUAAAUGAACAAGGUCUUGACAUACGAGUAGUACAUUUGUUUGUUCAUUUAUUACGUUUUGUCUGCCGAACGUCACAUGAUUAAAACUGAGCCAAUGGUUCUUUCUCGCGCUGCGGGAUUGUGGAUAAUAGUCCCCCUUGCUCAGUCUUAGUGCACUUUAAAUAUUGUGUCCAAGUGUAGUGAGUUUUUUUUUAGUAACUAUACUGCAACAACAGCCCCCGUGAAGGAAAAAGUAAGCCUGUAGCAGUGUGGGAGAUGAAUCUGUUUAAUGAAACAAACAACGCAGCGUCACAUUUCUGUGGAAGCUUUAAAGAGAAGCAUGUGUCAUUCCUUGUUAAGUUUCCUUGUUAAAAAAGUUUGCCGAUAGAGCAGUGAUUUCGUUAGUGUGUUUGUGUUUGUAUGCGUACAUGUGCGCAUGUGUAUGUGUGAAAGUCGUCCUACACAGUAGCCCCCUUCCUCUCCUCUGUCAUUUUACUUUCGCCACAAUUUUGGUAAGGUAAAGUGCAGGUUAAUUUGUUUUAUUUUAAUUUUGUGUUAAUUAUUUUAUAUUAAUAUUUUCGGGUUUGUUUUAUGUCAAAAAUAUAUUUAAUUAAAAAUUUUGGGAAUCGUUGGUGUUGUAAGCUCAUGUUUCCCCCUGUUUAAUCUGUCCUGUUGCCGACCCUGGUAACACAGUCAAAUGCAAAAAAGCAGAGUGUCCAGAGAGUUUGAGGAAUGUUUCUAAUAAAUAAUUGCAUACAUAAAAGAAAAGAACAUCUUAAUUAUUGUCCCCCAGUUUCCUUUAAGCUACAUUAUACAGUGCUGUGAAAAAGCAUUUUUUUUUCAUCUUUGUGACACUUAAAUGUUUGAGUUCAUCAAACAAAUUUUAAUAGCAAGCCAAAAUUCUUCCACAGCGAUGUGAAAGACUCAUUGGCAGUUACUCAGGUUAUCUUUGUGUAAUAUUACAAUUUGUUUUAUGAUCUCAAUCAUCCAGAUGUGACAAAAUAUGCAACAAAAAAAUAAAAUAAAAGCAGGCGGGGGCAAAUACUUUUUCACAGCACUGUACAUAGAGUUGUAUUAACUAUCUAAAUUUUAACAAUCUGACAAAGAAAUACAACCAAGCUGUGUGAGGUGUCAGGUGGAAACACUGUUAUACAAAAUCAAAUGCUAUGUAAAAUUUUAUCUUGAUACAUUUACAAAACAUUCAGAGACAUAUUAAUUAAUAGAAACUAAUUUUAGAUUGCUGCACUGUCUAAUAACCCGCU